GUUCAGAGACGCAGUUACAGGAGUUCUGCGACUAAAUGAAGUGAAAGUGAAGUUAUUUGGCGCAUCAGUCUUUUGUGAGGUGGAGGAAUGAAGGUAGAGCCAUGAUGCCGCAGCAAGUUGGGGCCAAACCCCGGCGACCAGCCUUACGGGGAGCCGGUUACCUUUAUCACACUGAAUCCUCUUCCUGCCUGUCCAGGAUAGAGGAACUUUUCUUAGAUGCUGCAGAAUACGGCAAUGCUCCUGAAGUGAGGCGGAUGCUAGAGGAGCUGCCGGAGCUCGACGUCAACUGCGUGAACUACAUGGGCCAGAAUGCACUGCAGCUGGCGGUUGCGAAUGAGCAUUUAGAGGUGACUAAGCUCCUACUUAGGAAGAAGGACCUCUCGAGAAUAGGAGACGCCUUGCUGUUAGCCAUCAGUAAAGGCUACAUCCGUAUAGUGGACACCAUACUGAGCCAUCAGGCCUUCGCAGACGGAGAGAGGCUGACCAACAGACCCAGCCAGGCGGACACACGCGAUGACUUCUUUGCCUAUGAUGAGGAUGGCACGCGUUUCUCUCAAGACAUCACUCCCAUCAUCCUGGCCUCCCAGUGCCAUGAGUAUGAAAUCGUGCAUAUACUUCUCAUGAAGGGGUCCCGCGUGGAGCGGCCCCAUGACUACUUCUGCCAGUGCAGCACCUGCAGCAAGCAGCAGAGGCACGACUCGUUCAGCCAUUCACAAUCCCGCAUCAACGCGUAUAAAUGUCUGGCCAGUCCGGCGUAUCUGUCCCUCUCCAAUGAAGACCCAGUGAUGGCGGCUCUGGAGCUGAGCAAUGAGCUUGCAGUUCUGGCUAACAUUGAGAAGGAGUUUAAGAAUGAUUACAAGAAACUAUCCAUGCAGUGCAAAGACUUUGUGGUGGGACUCCUGGAUUUGUGUCGGAACACAGAGGAAGUGAAGGCCGUGUUAAACGGGGACACUGAAUCAUGUCAAAGCUCUGAGGCCUUGGGCAGACAAAACCUUAUCAGGUUAAAACUUGCAAUAAAAUAUGAAGUUAAAAAGUUUGUUGCACAUCCAAACUGCCAACAGCAACUCCUCUCCAUUUGGUACGAAAACUUAUCGGGACUACGUCAGCAAACCACAGCCGUUAAAAACCUUCUUGUCUUCGGUGUAGCUGCUGGGUUGCCUGUUCUGUCCUUUAUAUACUGGAUAGCACCAUCAAGUAAGUUAGGGAAACUCAUGUGUGGACCUUUCCUGAAGUUUGUGGCCCAUGCUGCCUCCUUCAUGAUGUUUCUCUGCCUGCUGGUGCUGAACGCUGCGGACCGUUUUGGGGGAACAUCGCUGCUGCCCAACAUGACCAUCCACGAUCACCCCUCACAACUGUUUCGUAUGAAGACCACCCCCUUCACCUGGAUGGAGAUUCUCAUCAUAUCCUGGGUCAUAGGGAAGAUCUGGGAAGAAUGUAAAGAUAUUUGGUCGCAGGACAUCCGGGAAUAUAUCUCAGAACCCUGGAACCUUCUUGACUUCAGUAUUUUGGCCAUUUUCAUGACCUCUUUCAUUGCCAGAUUAAUGGCUUUCUGGCAUGCGUAUUCAGCCCAGUGUUAUGUUGACAAGCACCACACUGACCUGUCCAACAUAACCUUGCCUUCUGAGAUACAGUACUUCCAGCUGGCUCGAAUCCACUGGAUGCCCUCAGACCCUCAGCUUAUUUCUGAGGGCCUCUACGCAGUCGCAGUUGUGCUCAGUUUCUCUCGCAUCGCAUACAUCCUGCCCGCCAAUGAGAGCUUCGGGCCUUUGCAGAUCUCUCUGGGAAGAACUGUAAAAGACAUCUUUAAGUUCAUGGUUAUUUUCAUAACGGUCUUUGUUGCGUUCAUGGUUGGAAUGUUCAAUCUGUACUCAUACUACCUCGGAGCCAAGCACAACGAUGCCUUCACAACGCUUGAAGAGAGUUUUAAAACGUUGUUUUGGGCCAUCUUUGGCUUGUCAGAAGUGAAAUCAGUGGUCAUUAACAUCGACCAUAAGUUCAUUGAGAAUAUUGGCUAUGUUCUGUAUGGGGUGUACAACAUCAUCAUGGUGAUCGUCUUGCUCAAUAUGCUCAUUGCCAUGUUCAAUAGCUCCUUCCAGGAAAUAGAGGAUGACUCUGAUGUUGAGUGGAAGUUUGCCAGAGCAAAGCUCUGGUUCUCGUACUUUGAGCACGGGGGCACACUUCCUGUCCCCUUCAACCUGGUACCCAGCCCCGCGUCUGUCAUUUCCCUCUUGCUGGGGAUAAGGGCAUUUCUCUGGGAUUUACCUAAAGGCAAAAGCCAAGAAAAUUCAAAUGAUGAGUUGGAGCUCAACAAGCUGAGGCAACAGGAAGAUCUGGGACUGGAAGCAUUGCUUUGUCAAACCCGUCACCAAAUCAUAAUGAAUCGCCUCAUCAAAAGAUUCAUUUUAAAAGCACAGAGAGAUAAAGACAAUGAUGAAAUAAAUGAAGGUGAACUGAAGGAGAUCAAACAGGACAUCUCCAGUCUCCGCUAUGAGCUGCUGGAAAGGGCGAACCACGACAUGGAGACGCUGGCUAAGCUCAUCAGCCAACUGGGAGAGGUCAUGCAUGUUCGGCAGAGAGAAGAGCAGAAGAAUGAGUUGGCUUUAAUGUCUUGACUGAUGAAAAUUGUUAUUCUUUAUUUUAAAUAAGGAAAUAGUUGACAUUCUUGAUUUUGUUUCCCCCACUGAGUGUGAAUGUAUCCACCUUUGAGAAGGGAAUUAAUGGAAUUAUCUUUGUCCCUUUCCCUUUAUCUCUACAGUUAAUCACAUGGUGGCACUAAUGGAUUUCUUUUCUUGUUACACAAGUAUGCACUAAUGACUGCUAACAUAUGAUUGUGCUGCCUGUUACCAGCUGUUUAUGUGCUUUGAUUUGGAUGCGAUGUUUUUCCAUCUGGAAUAGAAAAGCCGUACAGAUAAAUAUAAAAGAAAAAGGAGCAUAUGUUUGGUUGUGUCAGGUUCAUGAGUCAGACGUUACAUACAA